AUGGCGGAUCAUCAGCAGUCGUCGGAAGCGGUGGCGAAGGCCGCGGCGGCGGCCUCGUAUUCGCGGAAGCAGAUCGCCGACAGCAUGGCCUUCAUCGACGAGAUCCUGCCGGAGCUCGCGGCGGCCCCGGACGUCCGCCACGAGUUCUUGAGGCUCCUCUCUGGAUUGGGAAAGGACGGCGGCGACGCCGACGCCGUCGGCUCCCGUGCUGCGGAACUCCUCCGUGGACACCCCGACGUGCUCCGCCGGUUCAUCGCGCAUGUCCACGCGGACGCGCCGCAGCCGCAGGAAGAUCGAAAGGAGGGACACCCAGCAGACCCCGGCGGCGGCAUCGGAAGCGCCGCCAAACGUCGCCGCAGCAGCACGAAGCCACCAUGGGGACGACGGCCUCCGGUUGGCCGACGACGCCGCGCAGGCGUUAACGUUCGUCAAGCGCGUGCACGAAACCGCGGGCCCCGUGGUCCAUGCCAGGUUCAUGGCCGUGCUGUCCGAGGCGAAGGGCAGCGAGGACAUGGCCGCCGCCGAGAUCUACGACAGGGCCAAGCAAGCGUUCGGCCCGGCGCACGUCGGCCUGCUCCACGCGUUCGCCACCGUGUGGCUCCGGGGGAGGCGGAGUGGAAGCUGCAACAACAAGCGCGUGGACCUGCGGCACGGCAGCGUAGUCGCGCGGCGGCGGCCUCCUCGCACGCCGCGGCCGGCAUGCCCGGUGCUAAGAAGCCUCGCGCCGACGACGAUGGCAACAACGGCCGACGACACGAGCCUGCCAUUGCCCCCGGACGGCAGCGCAACCGCGCGGCGGCCUCCUCGCACGCCGCGGCCGCCGGCAUGCCCGAUGCUAAGAAACCUCGUGCCGACGGUGGCAACAACGGCCGGCAACACGACCAUGUCAUCGCCGUGCUCGAGGUGAGAAACGUCCAGAAGCGCCGCAGCGACGACGAUGGCACCGCCCGCGGACGCCACGCGCGCCACCGCAUCGGUGAAAGCUCAGGCGGCGGAGCAGCGGAGCAGGGCUGUGACGAUGACUACGACUACGCGCCGCAGACCAGAGCCAAGAAGCCCCACAGUGGCAACGGCGAGUUGUCGGGCAGCUUGGCCGCGGCGCAGGUCCUCGGCGCCGACGCCUCCGGCGUCCACCACGCGUACAGCGGCGACAACAAGAAGCCACCACGCCGGCGCGCCGCCAGCGGUGGUAAAAGCUCCAGCGCGGGGGCGGGGGCGGGGCGGGGCCGAAGCAGCAGCUGGAGCGGGACGACGAGGUCCGGCGGUUCCGGCAGGAGUGGGAGUUCCAGACCUACUACUCGAAGCUGGUGUCCACGAGCGAUCGUGUCACGGAGCUGCUGCGUCCUACUCGUACCCCGCAUGGCGACGGCGGCGGCGGCAACCGUUCGCUGGAGGAGCUGUUCCCUCUCCCCGAGUGCCGGGAGUUCCCACAACUACUACGGCGACCGUUGGGGCGAGAUGAGGGCGGCGCUGGAGCGCGGCGAGAGCCGCGUCCCGGCGCUCGAGGCGAUAUAG